AGUUAUCUAAAUUUUAAUUAGCUUAGGAUGGUUUUUUUUUUCACAUCUACAAAUCUACUUUGGUCCAUUCAAUAUAAAUCUUCAGAAAAACUUGCCAUGUCCAUUAAUUAAUUAAGCCAAUCCGUGCAAAUGGCUUUUUCAUGGAUUCUCCUCCUCAGCCUCACUCUCACUCUGCUGAGUAUUCAUCACUCAGCAGCUCAAGACGAACGAAAGCCUUAUAUUGUAUACAUGGGAGACCUGCCAAAGGACGAGGUUUCCACAUCACCCCUUCACUUCAAUAUGCUCCAAAAAGUCAUUGACAAAAGCCAUAUUGUGGCCGGAUCUCUUCUCCGCAGCUACAAGAGAAGUUUCAAUGGAUUUGCCGCUAAGCUAACCAAGGAAGAAGCCCAAAAAAUGGCUAGGAUGGAAGGUGUAGUCUCUGUGUUCCCUAACCGAAAGAAGAAGCUGCACACAACAAGGUCAUGGAACUUCAUUGGGUUUCCACAGCAAGUUAAGAGAAGCACGGUCGAAAGCGACAUCAUCAUCGGAAUGUUUGACUCCGGAAUCUGGCCAGAGUCGAGUAGCUUUGAUGACAAAGGAUUUGGUCCACCACCUUCUAAAUGGAAGGGUACAUGUGAAGUUCCUUCCAACUUUACCUGUAACAACAAGAUCAUAGGAGCAAAAUACUAUCGAUCUAUUGGAGAAUACAGACAAAAUGACAUCAAAUCCCCAAGAGACUCAGGUGGCCAUGGAACACAUACUGCCUCAACGGCAGCAGGAGCAGCCGUAGGCACGGCAAGCCUGUCGGGCUUUGCACACGGCACGGCACGAGGAGGGGUUCCGUCGGCACGUCUAGCCGUGUACAAGAUAUGCUGGAACGACGAGGAAUGUUACGACGUAGACAUCCUCGCCGCGUUUGACGACGCCAUUGCUGACGGCGUCGACAUAAUAUCUGCGUCCCUCGGAGGGUUCGACCCCGACAACUAUUUCACCAACUCCAUCGCAAUUGGCUCUCUUCAUGCUGUCAGGAAAGGAAUUCUCACUUCGGUCUCUGCUGGUAACGGAGGCCCGAGCCUUGCCAGUGUCACAAACUUUUCGCCUUGGAUACUGUCAGUGGCUGCUUCCACCAUUGAUCGACAGUUCUUCACCAAAGUUCAAUUGGGUGACCAUAAGAUUUAUGAGGGAAUUUCAAUUAAUACAUUUGACCUCAACAAUAAAACAUUUCCUCUAAUAUAUGGUGGAGAUUUCCCAAACAAAACGAAGGGUGAUUACGAACUUUUGUCCAGGUAUUGCGAAAAGAACUCGCUGGACAAGAAUAGGGUGAAGGGUAAGAUUGUGUUUUGUGAUCGCAUUUCCGAUAGUGUCGGACAAGAGGCGUUUAGAGCCGGUGCAGCCGGUGUUAUCUUCCAAGGCCGACUCGCCGGUGAUGUUGUCAACUCAUUUGCCUUGCCUGCAACUUACCUGAGCGUAAGGCAUGCUGCCAAAAUUUAUAUGUACAUGAACUCCACAAGAAAGCCAAUUGCUUCAAUAUGGAGAAGUACAGAGGCAAGAAAUAGACUGGCUCCUUAUAUUCCAGCCUUUUCAUCAAGGGGUCCAAAUCCAGUCAGUCCUAACAUUCUCAAACCAGAUUUAGCAGCCCCGGGAGUGCAAAUUCUAGCAGCAUGGUCCCCAAUUGCACCAAUUUCAUUUGUCCUCGGAGAUGAAAGAACAGAAGCAUACAACAUAAUCACAGGCACAUCAAUGGCUUGCCCACACGCCUCCGCAGCAGCUGCGUAUGUCAAAUCAUUCCACCCCUCGUGGUCUCCCGCGGCAAUCAAGUCAUCCUUGAUGACUACUGCUCACCCUAUGAGUACUAAUCUGAACCCUGAAGGCGAAUUUGCGUAUGGAUCCGGUCAGAUAAAUCCUGUUAAGGCUUUAUCCCCUGGAUUACUCUAUGAUGUUGAGGAGAUUGACUAUGUCAAGUUUUUGUGUGGACAAGGUUAUGAUACUAAGACGCUGCGAAUUAUUACUGCGGAUAAGAGUAGCUGUAGUUUAUCUGAAGAGAUCAAUGGAUCAGCUAGAGACCUGAAUUACCCUGCUUUUGCUCUCACAGUUUCGUCUUCGGAAUCUGUCAGCCAUGUUUUUAGCAGAACAGUGACGAAUGUGGGAUCACCAAAUUCCACGUACAAAGCAAAUUUGGCUGCCCCGGAAGGACUGAAGAUCACGGUUAAACCGAGCGUUUUAAGGUUCACUUCUGUUGGGCAGAAGCUGUCUUAUGAGCUGAAAGUUAAAGGGAUAGUUGAUAAAUUUGUGGAAUCUGCUUCUUUGGUGUGGGAUGAUGGAAUUUUCCAAGUUAGGAGCCCCAUUGCUAUUUACCUUGAAUACUAGAGGGUGAUUUGUUUCAGACCAAUAUUAUAGAUUUGGUGGGAUGAAAGCAAAGUGAAUAAAAUGAAGAAGGAAAGGACAAGAAAUGCCCUUAUUCUUUUCUGGUGUAAGGCAUUGGAAUUCAUGUUAGCUUGUAAGUAGUAAGUUGAACUUUAUUUUGUUUUAAUACAAUGAUAUAUACCACUGA